GCCAACUCUGAUCACAGUACUCAUUGCUGCUUCAAAAGUCCCUAUGAAUAAGAAUCGGAUGGUCCACUUAUCUCCUCGCAUGUCCCGGUCUCCAUGUCAAGAUACUCUCUACAGAAGACAUGAAUCCAAAGAUCCCCAUCAUCGCAAUCAUCGGCCCAACCGCAGUUGGAAAGACAGAAUUGAGCAUCAAAUUGGCGGAAUCCUGUCAUGGAGAGAUCAUCUCCGUCGAUAGCAUCCAAGUGUACCGAGAUGCCCCAAUCCUGUCCGGUGCUGUGACUACACAGGAGAUGAGAGGAGUUCGACACCAUUUUGUAGGGCAUCUUAGUGCAAACGAGGAACCGACCAACUUCAUCUCUUCAGCGGUGCGUUGCAUCAAAUCUAUCCAUCAUCGCGGCUUCGUUCCAAUCCUGUGCGGCGGCUCCCUCUCCCUAACUCGACCACUUUUAUUCCAUCCAUUUAUCAAGCAGCAAGACCUUCUGGUCAUAUCUCUGAACUGUAGCCUCGAUAUAUUGGGGACAUUCAUCGAUCAUCGAAUCAACCAGAUGGCGCGCGAUGGAAUACAGAACGAGAUCAAGCACCUAUUCGAGCUGGAGAGAUCCGAUACCAACAGUGCUUCGGACACUGGCCCAGCUGAGCGCGGAGCGUGGAAAGCAAUCGGCUACCCCGAGCUCCGACCCAUUUGCUGCAAAGGAGUCGAUCCAGAGCGAGCCCAAGAACUGUUCGAAGAGGGGCUCCAGCUGAUGAAAGCAAAUACCCGCGAGUACGCAAAACGCCAGCUACAGCAACUCCACUGGGCGGUUCUGCCGGCUUUGACCGUCCAGAUGCGCACUUGCUAUGUGCUGAACGUGGAGUCGAAGCAUAAGUUCCACCACGACGUGGUGAGACCGGCGACGGGAAAGUGUAAAAGAUGGCUGGCGUUGCGUCACCGUACGAGUCUACACACGCGUGCAGAUUCGCGGUCGUGA